AUGGCGAAAAGUUUCGAUAGAAGUCUUCAAAUGCAUUCAACGCAGUUUACACCAUUGAAAAACCGAAAAAACAGGCAGUUGUUAGCAAGAGAAGAUACUUUAAACUUAUCACCAAUUUUAAACGAAACCUCUAUAUUCAAAAAUCUCAACGAUACGAGUUUGAGGCAAGUGCUUGAUGAAUCUUCAAUAAUAGUUAAUCCUGGAGUCUCUGCUGAAGGCUUAAGCGAAGCGUUCUUUGAAAUAAUACAAACAAGUCGCCCGAGUGACGUUUUAGACACGCUAGCGAGGUUAGCACAAGUAUGUUGUGAUUCGCUGGAGCUGGUCGAGCCAUGGAACAGGUAUAAUGCACAAAACUAUUGGCUGGCUGAAGAAGCCAACACAUGGAAACUGCUUCAUUGUUUAUAUGCUGAUUCUAUAACUGAACACCCAGAGUCCUUAGACAGCUUGAUAACUGAAACUACAUUAUCCCAGCAAACCUUGGUAAAUGCUUUGUUUAGGAGUGAUUCUGAGUUAAGAUUGCUGCAACUGUUGGUUGAUUGGCUAGAAGCUACUGCAGCAUACCAAGAGGAAGCCACAAAGACCUCAGCUCCUAUAAUUAGCAAUAACAUUCAUUGGGGAAACACUUUACAUCAAUUGUUACUUGGAAAUAGCUUAUUUAAUACAGAGAAGAGCAAAUCAAUGGUAACUUGUAUGGAUCCUGAUGCACCAAGAAGACAGAAGAAGAUAGUACACUCAGAAGAUCAAAAGGAUGAUAAUGAUUUGUGUAAGCGCAUCUUUACAGAAGUUAGGUGUGGCAAGUUUAAAGAUGCUGUCUCCUUAUGCAUAAAUGCUGGACAGGCAUGGAGAGGAGCUGUUCUGCAAGGAUGGAUAUUACUUCAUUACUUACCACAAGAAGAACCCAAUUCUGCCUUGGAAAUUAGUGGUAAUCCAUCAAGAGAUUUGUGGAAGUGGUGUUCAUUGGGCCUUGCUAAUAAUACAGCAGAGAAUAUUCAUUACAGAGCCACAGUUGGAGUUUUAUGUGGUCAUCUAGCGAGUACACUGCCAGCUUGUCAAGGCAGUUGGGAAGAUUUGCUCUGGGCUCAUCUAAGGGCACAAAUUGAGGCAAGAGUUGAUAAGUUUUUACAUGAACAUCAUGCUACAGUUGAUGCUAGCACAACACCAUCAGAUGUUUUGGAACUCUUACAGUCAGAGCUUCAGGUUGAUGAAAUGACAUUACAACAGAUCUUUAAUGCUGUAAAAGCCUUGAUGGAUGGUAAAAAAGAAUCUUUAUACCAAACUUGUCAGCGUCACCUUAUGCUUGGUCAUGUUAGAGCCAUUAUGCAAGAUUCUUUGCAAUGGAUUGACAGCUGUGAUGACAGGUUUAUUAGAUUUUUGGCACAUCUUAUUCUAAUUUUAAGACAAAUGGGAAAAGAUCCCCAACAUGAUAUUGGAGAUAAAAUUCUAGAGAAAUAUGUUACUGAACUUGUGAGUAAAUUAAUUAAUGGUUCAGUGGAAUGUCCAGAGCUCAUUGCAUAUUACACUUCUACAGUUCCUGUUACCAGACAGAUAGCACUUUAUGCAGAACUGAUGGAUCAUGUCCACAAAAGCGAAUACAGAGAGGGAGUUGUUAAAGCAGGGCUCAAUGCUGGCAUUGAUGUUGGUGCUUCUGCUAGGGUUGCCAUAAAAAAAGCAAUCACAGAUAUUCAACAAGGGUAUGGUAAUCUGGAUUUGACUUUCACUCAAACCACAGCUGUUGAAAAGGAUAAGACCUUGAUUCAAAAAGUAAUAUCAUCCCUUGAGUGGUUAUCUCUUAUAUCAAAUCAAGUUGAAGAAGCCUUGUGGCUUAGUAAUGCCAUGAUUAGAACUUUCAUUUUCAUUGGAAAUACAGAUGCUGCUUUGGCUUGUGUUGUUAAUGUGAACAAAAUGUUCCCUGAUUUUUUAAAUAAAAUUCCUACAAGCUCAGCAGAAUUGAGAGAACAUCUUUGUUUGAAGGCAUACUUGGAAGCACUAGAAGGAUUUGCUACUUGGUACAGACAUUUUAUUAGCGGUCAACCUAAAGAUGUAGAACCACUUCCUCCAGAUGCAUCAUUUUCUGAUAAAGUGCAUCAUGAACAAAGAUGUGCUCAAGUGGAACAACAAAAAUCUCGUUGGCUGAAUGCUGUACAACAUCAGGCAAAACACACAAAAGAUUUGCUGUACAAUGUGUUAUUAUUCCCUGGUGGAUGGCUUCAAGAUGAAAAUGAUAGUACUACUUCAGAAAAGUUCAGUGAUGAUGAAAAACAAGAAAGAACUAAACAAUUGGAGACUUUGAGACGUCUUUGUCUUCCUGAAAUUGUUAUUUUGAUUUUAAAGAUAUUGCAAAGUACUGAUGAUAUUGAGAAUCAUAAAGAAGCUCUGAAGUUAUGCGACCUUAUUGCUGCAGAGAAUAGAUGUUUGUACCAGGUGUUUACUAAGAGCAAAAUGAUGGAAUUUUUGGACAGGAUUAAGGAAUCGUCCCUAAUAUUAAUUGAAAAAGGAAGAGAUAUGUUUGGAUAUGAAAUAAUUGAUUAA